AUGAACGAACUUACCAAUGCCCCACCUGUCAACGUGGGUUCAAUCGCCGCCAGAGAUGUCCUGCAGCGACAUCAAGCUGUUCAUGAGAAAUAUGUAUCUGAAGGGAAAGCGUCGCACAAUCGCUCCCGGGAGCGAGCCUUGGAAGCUUUAUGGAAGCCCCGGGUUCGGACGGUGUCGCUCAAAGCAAACACUGUGCACUGUAAGAACCACGCGCCCAUCUCGCCGACCGAGCCCAUCAUUACCACCCCAGAAUCAGCUUUGUCGACCUUCAGCACCGCCCCGGUGUCAGAUCUAUACUCCAAUGAUAAUAAUCAAGUUUAUGAUUCCAAUCUCAGUCAUCAUGAGCUCGCAUUGGAUCCGUUUCUUCCACAGGAGAACUUCUCGGCAUAUCCCAGUCUAAAUACCUUCCCUGCGUUUUUUGAACAGGUCAUGCUACCAAAUGUUGAAUCUCAGACCUUUCCGUCCGGAACUCAGCAGCCUCGGGGCGUUUUUGACUUCAUGCUUGAUACAGACUUUCCAUUCCCCGAAAAUGACCUCUUUGACACGGAUUUCAUCCCCGAUCUUGAUCGGAUUCUUGAUCCCGGGGCAUUGGAUGUUGGUCUUGGUGAUCUUCAAGAUACUCAGCUUGAAAACCAUCAAUCCGCCAGUCGUCGUGCUGCCGCGUUUCAGCGCUCAUUCUGGCUGUGGACCCCAGAAAAGAACCAACACGCUUUCAGUGAGGAGAGAAGAAUUCCGCUACGAGAUGGCGAUGAUAUCUCUGAAAAACAUAGGGAUAGACUCGAGAUUCUGCGCAUACCUGGUGGUCUUUCUAUGCAGGCACGGGACGACAUAUUUAAAUUGGUCGUGCGCACAGCCGGCUCUCGAGUAUCUGUCUCAACGUUCCCUUCUGCUGAAUAUUUGGAUACCCUUAUCAAAGUAGGCAUUGCGAAGCGGACCGAGACAGACGCAUGGAUUCACCCAUACACAUUCUAUAAUCAGAAACUGAGGCCUGAGCUCUUGACUAGCUUGGUAGCUGCUGGAUGUGUUUGCUGUGGAUUAUCGUCAAUCAACAAGACGGGUAUCCUUUUACAGGAGAUUUCAAGGGUCUCCCUCGCUCAACUUGUCGAAGACGACAACAGUGUGCUACGUGAUCUACAAUGGUUGCAAGCCUCGAUGUUAUGGCUUGAUAUUGGUAUAUUCUCUGGUUAUAAACGAAAGAUGCAAAUUGCAGAAAGUUACCUGCAGCCCCUUGUCACAGCCUUCAGACGCGCUGCUGCGUAUGACCGAUCCACAUACUCAGCUAUCACGCCUUAUUCUGCCGGUGAUGAUGAUGAAUUAUUGAAUAAAUCCUGGCAUGAAUGGGUCCGACAGGAGUCUUUCAAGCGGCUUGCUUACCAUCUAUUUGGCCACGAUGUGGAAGCUGCUAUGGCUAUGAACCGCCCUGCCUUGACCUCAAACACGGAGCUGACAUUGCCCUUCCCCGCAGCUCGGGAUUUGUGGCUGGCACCUACGGCGUCUGCUUGGCAAACCCUUUGGAUCUCAAAGUAUCGAGUUAUGGAAAUGUCCGAUCUCAGCCUGAGAGACUUACUAUCUGACCCUUCACUUAUUACACAUAUUCCGGUCGAGGUUGAUUUUGACAUAGCGAGGUCCGCAUUGCUUCAUGGCCUGGCUACUCAAGUCUGGGAGUUCCGCCAGCAUAUGGUAUUAUCCCAGGGAAACCGGACAGAAUCUCGUGCAAUAGCAAGACUAUGGCUACAGAGCAGACACGACGACUUAUAUAUGACCUUGAAAUCUAUUCAGGAUACCUCAUCCUCGCCGCCAGCGGUCAGGAUACUAUUGAAUGAGUUCGUCAUGAUGUACCUCCACAUCGACGUAGACGCAAUCCAGCGAUUUGUCGGCAAGCUCGGCGAACUCGAUGCCUGCCGCGCAUACCCUGGCCUUCGCGAUUGGAGCAAUACGAAAGAAGCACGCUCGGCAAUUUGGCAUGCAGGGCAGGUGUUGCGUGCCGCAAGAUGCGUCGCAACUCAUCAACUACGCGGGUUCGAUGCCAUGGCUAUUUAUCAUGCUGCUUUGGUCUUAUGGGUUUACGGUGUCCUGCAGUGCGGUGAAACUAAGCGGCCCGAGGUGAAUACACCGAUGAGUGAGGAGGACUUGCCCUCGUUGAUUUCGCUUGAUGGACCAGAAGAUCAGAAAAGCAAAGCCUUUCUGGCUCAUGGGCUCGGUCGGCCGGGAUUGACGAUGGCUCAGUCGCGAAGUGGGCACGAUGAGGACUUUAGGGUUUUUUGUCAGUUGAGCAAGCCACGACUGGUUAUGGCUGUUGCGAAGCAGGUGCUUGAAGGGAACUGCCCCUGCCCUUUCCCCGAAGACUCUUUACCCCCGAUGAUCCAAAACCUAUGUGAACUUCUUGAGGAUUUAGGGAAUCUUCCAUAA